AUGACAGAAGAAGGAGAAUAUUCCCAGGGGAUGAUGAUGAUGUCAGCAGAUCCAUUCAUGUCAAUGAAGAAGAUGAAGAAGAGCAAGAACAAUCAGAGAAGGUUUAGUGACGAGCAGAUCAAGUCGCUGGAGAUGAUGUUCGAGUCUGAGACGAGGCUUGAGCCAAGGAAGAAGGUUCAACUAGCAAGAGAGCUCGGGUUGCAUCCGAGGCAAGUGGCUAUAUGGUUUCAGAACAAGAGGGCUCGUUGGAAGUCGAAGCAGCUUGAGACAGAGUUCAACUUUCUCAGACAAAACUACGACGACUUGGCUUCUCAGUUUGAGUCCCUCAAGAAAGAUAAGCAAGCCUUGGUCUCUGAGUUACAGAAGCUAAAGGAGGCGAUUAAGAAAACAGAGGAGGAGGAGAGGAAUUGUUGCGGUGGUGAUCAAGCGGUGGUUGCUGUAAGCAGCACGGAUCAUGAAUCGGAAAACGAAGAGAAGACGAGGAGAGAACCGGAGGAGGUUAGGCCGGAGAUGGAGAUGUGUGAGAAGGGUCAUGAGGAGGGUUUGUGUGAUCAUGAUCAUAAUCAUGAUGAUGAUGGUUACAAUAAGUACAACAUAAAGAGAGAGUAUUUUGGAGGGUUUGAGGAAGAAGCAGAGCAGAUGAUGAACAUAGUGGAACCAGCUGAUAGUUGCUUGACAUCGUCUGAUGAUUGGGGAGGUUUUAGAUCAGAUACUACAACUACUCUCUUGGACCAAUCCAGCAGCAAUUGCCCAUGGUGGGAUUUUUGGCCAUGA